AUGUCGAAAUUUCAGCUCUUUCCGUCACCACCCUACAGCGAUGAUUUACGUUCACCUAGUCCAAAUCCUGCGCCGACGAGGGAUCGCUUCUGCAUUGACGAAUAUAUUCCACUAACGUCGUUAAAGUACAUUGGAAAUUUGUCCCAUUUUAAGGCGGUCAACAUUACUGUGAAGACUUGUGAAAAAGUUCUAAAACCAUGUUAUAAUCAAUCUGUUAGUACCACAAGAGUCGAAGCAAAGCCAUCGCGACGACCAAUCAAAACGAGGAAACUUAUUCCACCGGUGAUCCGGCGGAAACGCCGGCUGGCAGCGAACGCACGGGAACGGAAGCGGAUGCACGCGUUGAAUGAAGCCUUCGAUCGCCUGCGGCAGUAUUUACCAACGAUCGGGAGCGAUCGACAACUAUCGAAGCACGAGACUCUGCAAAUGGCCCAGAGCUACAUCACUGCACUAAGCGAGCUGCUAAAGUAG